AUGGAUGUUAUAAUAAAAAUCAAUAAAAAGACAGGAAAAAAAUAUAUACCAUGUUACGAUUUACAUGGAUAUACCAAGAAAGAAGCAUAUAUUGAAGUAAAAGAAGUAAUAUUAGAAUGUUUUAAAUUAAAAAUUAAUUCAAUAAAUUUUGUUACGGGUAGAGGAAAUCAUCCAAAUGUAAAUGGAGAACGAGGAGUACUUUUUAAAAAAUUUAAAGAAUGGUUGGAAGAUGAUGAAAUAAUAAAUUUGGUUAAAAAUUAUGUUGUUGGAGAUGGAUCAUAUAAAGUAUACCUUUAUAAGAAGAAAAAAAAAAUUAAUAAUAAGGAAACGAUAAAGAUAGAUAUUAAAAAUGGUUCGAUUAAAAGAAAGAAUAUUUUAGUAUUAAAAGAAGAACCUAUUUUUGAUAAGAAUGAAACAAACAAACGGUUGAUUCAAAUAAAAGAAGAAAUAGAUAAAUUAUUAAAUAGAAAAGAAUCAAAUCUUUCUUUAACUAAUAGAAAGGAAGAAUUAAAUCUUCCUCUUAAAGAAUAA